ACCGUUACUACUGUGUGUGACGCGCCUGCGCAGUGCACUGGCACACUGCAUUCCCUCGUUUCUUCGUUGGUUUUCUCGUAGCCAAACGUACACAAGGAGGCAGGUAGAUUAGUUUUUGUCGCUUUAGGAUCGCAUUACGACAACACAGACUGGUUUUUCAUCGUGUUUUUCACACACAGAGGAAAAAUCUGGAGGUGAAUCUGUAAAACGUUUCUUGCUCAGUAGAUGCUAUUGUUUUCAUGAUGGCAACCGAGGACAAGAAACCAGAGACUGACACAAAACCUCCAGUUGUGCAGUCAGCAUCUGCAAGCCAAAGCAAGUCUGCACCUGCAAAGCCAAACUACAGCCUGAAGUUCACGUUAGCAGGACACACCAAGGCGGUGUCAUCCGUCAAAUUCAGUCCAAGUGGAGAAUGGCUCGCCAGCUCCUCUGCUGAUAAACUCAUCAAAAUCUGGGGAGCGUAUGAUGGCAAGUUUGAGAAAACCAUCUCUGGACACAAACUGGGCAUCUCUGAUGUGGCCUGGUCCUCCGAUUCCAACCUGCUGGUGUCUGCAUCGGACGACAAAACCCUGAAGAUCUGGGAUGUCAACUCGGGGAAGUGCUUGAAAACCCUGAAGGGUCACAGCAACUACGUCUUCUGCUGCAACUUCAACCCGCAGUCCAACCUCAUCGUGUCGGGAUCGUUCGAUGAAAGUGUGAGGAUUUGGGACGUAAAGACCGGGAAGUGUCUGAAAACUUUGCCGGCUCAUUCCGACCCCGUCUCUGCCGUUCACUUCAACCGAGACGGCUCCCUGAUUGUGUCCAGCAGCUACGACGGCCUGUGUCGAAUCUGGGACACGGCAUCAGGCCAGUGUUUAAAGACCCUCAUCGAUGAUGACAACCCUCCUGUGUCCUUUGUGAAGUUUUCCCCCAAUGGGAAAUACAUUCUGGCUGCUACGCUCGACAACACACUGAAGCUGUGGGACUACAGCAAAGGAAAGUGUUUGAAAACAUACACGGGGCACAAGAACGAGAAGUACUGCAUAUUCGCCAACUUCUCCGUCACCGGGGGGAAGUGGAUCGUGUCGGGCUCUGAGGACAACAUGGUUUACAUCUGGAACCUGCAGACCAAAGAGAUCGUGCAGAAACUUCAGGGCCACACAGAUGUGGUCAUUUCCACCGCCUGCCACCCGACAGAGAACAUCAUCGCAUCGGCCGCUUUAGAAAACGACAAAACCAUCAAGCUAUGGAAAAGCGACUGCUAAGCCCCUCCCCCAAUAACCUGGAUUCCUUUUAUUCUAUUUGUUUUUUUUCUACAUUUUAUCGGAAGACGAGGACGUUUUUGUACCCGACGGAUGCAGAGAGCUUUUAAGUUGAUGAAGUUCGGCGCUUUAGUUCUUUAACAAGCUCUCACUUGCUCUGAUGCCUCAUCUAAUUAAAUCAAAAUAAAAAGGAGUGCCGUACUCUGAAGCAACGCUCUGGUCCUUCUCUGCUCUUGAUAUCAAUCUCUUCUCCAUAACAGCUUCUGUACAAUAAAUGUUCAACUUAUCGGGCCUUUAUUUCUGUUUGUACCUUUGUGUAAGCGUGUCUGAGCAACCAGCUGACGUCUCCAUCAAGCUUCAGAUUUAAUCAAAAAGAAAAAAGGAAGGUACCCAAGGAUUCCUUUAUGUAUUUAUUCAAAUGGCACCAAUAUGGUUUGUUUUUCUUUCCUAAAAUGUCAGCAUUUUUUUAUGCAGGACUGGACUUUAAUUUACAAGCAAUUGAAAUGUCAGAAGUAAUGGAAGAAAAGAAGCUGUUUCAGAGCUUCCUUGUGUGUGUGGCCAUCCUGUUGUGUUUGUACAUAUGACACUUUCAUGAAUUCUGCUUGAAGAACUCGUGCUCACACAGGCAGCAGCAUCUGUUUCACCUAAUAAACCAGUUUUUGUAUGUUUCA